AAAUCCACGCUUUCCUUCUCCUAAUCUCCUCCCCUCUCGCGACCAACUAAUCUCUCUUCCCCCUCGCCGCCUCUCUCGCCGCCUCCGUUCCCAAACCCAGCGAUCAAUCCGGCGCCGUCGCGUCGCCGAGCCCCCAACUCGAAUUCCUCCAUCUCCCGCGCCGAUCUCCGAGGAGGAGGAGGAUGCUGGGCGCCGCGAGGAGGCAGCUCGGAUCUGGGCCCAUGCUGGGGCAGGUGCUGCGGAGGCUCCGCCCGGCGGCGGCGGCGAGGGGGUACUCGGCCGCGGCGAAGGAGAUGACUGUCCGUGAUGCAUUGAACUCUGCACUGGAUGAAGAGAUGUCUGCUGAUCCUUCUGUUUUUCUGAUGGGUGAAGAGGUUGGAGAGUAUCAAGGUGCAUACAAGAUUUCAAAGGGCUUGCUUGAUAAGUAUGGUCCUGAUAGGGUUCUUGACACACCUAUCACAGAGGCUGGCUUUACUGGCAUUGGUGUUGGUGCAGCUUAUCAAGGUCUUCGGCCCAUUGUAGAAUUUAUGACCUUUAAUUUCUCGAUGCAGGCUAUUGAUCAUAUCAUCAAUUCGGCUGCCAAGUCGAACUACAUGUCAGCCGGUCAGAUAUCUGUUCCUAUUGUUUUUAGAGGACCAAAUGGAGCUGCCGCUGGAGUUGGUGCUCAACACUCACAGUGUUAUGCAGCUUGGUAUGCGCAUGUUCCAGGACUUAAGGUUCUUACACCAUAUUCUGCAGAAGAUGCUCGAGGCUUGCUAAAAGCCGCAAUUAGAGAUCCUGAUCCUGUUAUUUUCCUGGAAAAUGAAUUGCUUUAUGGAGAAUCAUUCCCUGUUUCUGCUGAAGUGCUUGAUUCUAGUUUCUGCCUGCCGAUUGGCAAAGCUAAGAUAGAACGUGAGGGUAAAGAUGUUACUAUUACUGCUUUCUCCAAGAUGGUUGGCUAUGCUCUUCAGGCUGCAGAGAUACUGUCCAAGGAAGGAAUAAGUGCUGAGGUGAUCAAUCUUCGAUCAAUUAGACCACUUGACAGAGCUGCCAUUAAUGCAUCUGUCAGGAAAACCAAUAGAUUGGUGACUGUUGAAGAAGGGUUCCCCCAACAUGGGAUUGGUGCUGAGAUAUGCAUGUCUGUUGUUGAAGAAAGCUUUGAGUAUCUUGACGCACCAGUUCAGAGGAUUGCUGGAGCUGAUGUACCUAUGCCCUAUGCUGCCAACCUUGAGAGAAUGGCUGUUCCACAGGUUGAAGAUAUUGUGCGGGCAGCGAAGCGGGCCUGCUACAGAGCAGUACCAAUGGCAGCAACUGCCUGAUCGGCGGAACAUGCCUUUAUUUUUCCCCUUGCUUUCGCUGUCUAGCCAGAAACAUGUACUGUUCAUAAGGUGCGGCUAAUUGCCCAAACUCCAAGCGAGCUAAUUUUGUAGAUCUGCCAUGGCGUGCUUAUUCCGUUAUUCAGCUGGAUGAUUGCAUUCUCUCAGGCCCCAAUUCCUUUUCUGCGAUUUAUCCACACGGCCUAAUCAUGUUACCCAUAUAAACGGAAAACUUUGUUCUGAAGGGUCAGUUCUGUCGCAUCACGAGGUCGGUGGAUGAUAAUAAAAGUCAAUCAUGCGUUUCUGA